GCCAUGAAGGACGUGCCGGGCUUCCUGCAGCAGAGCCAGAGCUCGGGGCCGGGGCAGGCCGCCGUCUGGCACCGUCUCGAGGAGCUGUACAACAAGAAGCUCUGGCACCAGCUGACUCUGCAAGUUUUGGACUUUGUUCAGGACCCUUGCUUUGCCCAAGGAGAUGGACUCAUCAAGCUCUAUGAGAACUUCAUCAGUGAGUUUGAGCACAGGGUGAACCCCUUGUCCCUGGUCGAGAUCAUCCUUCACGUGGUCAGGCAGAUGACAGAUCCCAAUGUGGCUCUUACAUUCCUGGAAAAGACUCGAGAGAAGGUGAAAAGCAGUGAUGAAGCUGUCAUCUUGUGCAAGACAGCCAUUGGGGCACUCAAACUGAACAUUGGGGACCUGCAGGUCACGAAGGAGACCAUCGAGGAGGUUGAAGAGAUGCUGAACAACCUCCCUGGGGUGACCUCGGUGCACAGCCGCUUCUAUGACCUCUCCAGCAAGUACUACCAGACCAUAGGCAACCAUGCCUCCUACUACAAGGAUGCUCUGCGCUUCCUGGGCUGCAUUGACGUCAAAGACCUGCCAGUGUCGGAGCAGCAGGAGCGAGCCUUCACCCUGGGGCUGGCUGGGCUCCUGGGAGAAGGUGUCUAUAACUUUGGGGAGCUGCUGAUGCACCCUGUGCUGGAGUCCCUGCGCAGCACCGACCGGCAGUGGCUGAUCGACACUCUCUAUGCCUUCAACAGUGGCAAUGUGGAGACCUUCCAGGCUCUGAAGUCAGCCUGGGGCCAGCAGCCAGAUCUGGCUGCAAAUGAAACACUUCUGCUGCAGAAGAUUCAGCUGCUGUGUCUCAUGGAGAUGACUUUCACCAGACCUGCCAACCACAGGCAGCUGACCUUUGAAGAGAUUGCCAAGAGUGCCAAAGUCACUGUGAACGAGGUGGAGCUGCUGGUGAUGAAGGCACUGUCAGUGGGCUUGGUGAAGGGCAGCAUCGAUGAGGUGGACAAGAGGGUGCACAUGACCUGGGUGCAGCCACGUGUGCUGGAUUUACAGCAGAUCAAAGGGAUGAAGGACCGCCUGGAGUUUUGGUGCACAGAUGUGAGGAGCAUGGAGAUGCUGGUGGAGCACCAAGCCCACGACAUCCUGACAUAGAGGACCUUGCACUACCCCUGGGAGAGUAAAUCCUACUGCCAGUGAUGCCAGCAGCACUCAGCCCCCUGACUGCUCUGCAUUCUCUUGGAGGGGAGGCUGGGCAGAGGGGCAGCAGCCUCCUGACUUUGGUGGGAGGAGGAAGUGGCCUUUUGCUGUGUAACCCUUUGGUGCUUGGAGUCAAGACUUCCCUACCUGCUCGCCCUGGUGGCACUGACCAUGGGGGCUCCCAUCCUGCUCUGGCAUGGCAGGACCAAGGCUGCUGGUGGUGCCAGCAGGCUUGUGCUGGGCGCUGCUGGUUGCAUGUCAUAAGAGUGGGGAUGGUUUGCUGGGUGCAGGGGCAGCAGAAGCUCCUGGUGCUGUUGUGUGGAGCAGGACCUGGUGGUGUUGGCCUUAGGAGGCCUUCCCAGAGCCCUCUCCCCCUGCCCCCACAGCAGCAAUACCCAAACCAUCUCUUUCCCUUUGCUCUCUUCCUCCACAGCCCCUCCCUGCAGCAGGGGAGUGUUCACUCCACCAAAGGGUUUCUCCAGGGUCACUGCUCAGUGGCUGUGUUUUUAUAUCCUGGGGGGGUGGUUGUCUCUUCCCAACACUUUGCUGAGGUGAGGUGCAGCAGAGCAUUGCUGAA